AUGAAAAUGUCUGCCUACCUAGGUCCCGAUGACAUUCCUUAUCAGGUCAUAAACGAAGGGCUCCACGUUGUGGGAACUUCCGGCCAGGAAGUAAGCGGUUUGUGGGACGCGGCCGAGACAGUGUCGCUGCUUACAAAGUUUUCCCUUUUUCAAAGGUAUGGGAUAGAUUCUUUCAGUGUUCAUCGUCUGGUGCAAGACGUCAUCCGAAGUGAGAUUGAAAAGGACAAAAUUGAAGUGCGUAUACUUUGCUGUGCAGUGCAAGCAUUUAACCAUGCAUUGACAAAAACACGCUCGCCAGCGGAAGUCUGCCAAAGUUUCGUUGAAGAUGCUGUUUUCAGCGUCGAGAAUCCUCCUUCGUUACAACUGUGGGGCAAGCUGGCUUCGCACUCGACCUAUUUGCAAGAACAUUUGCUCAGCUACUUAGCGAAACAUGAAAAUGAUGCCGAAAGUUUGCAUACUUUGCUCUACACUGAUGCAAUUGUUCGUAUCUUUAACGAAGCAGCGAUAUUUUUUAGCGUUUCGCAGGAGAAAGUGAAAGCUCAGGCAAUGCAAAAAAAGAAACUAGAGUUGUUAGUGCACCUUGAAAAGCCAGCCACUGAGGAAGAUUGCAACUUGCCACAUUAUUUUGUUGAUGUACCUUUAAAAGACAAGGACUACAAGGUGAUAACUUGUUGUAUGAGAAACCCUCCCCCUGAAAACGAGGCUGUGGCUGAAGAAGAUAACGAAAGGAAGAAGGAAGCCGACCAACUCAGAGAAAAAGGAAACAAUGCAUUUAAAAAUAGCAAGCUCAAAGAAGCACUGGAUCUUUAUACAAGAGCCAUUGAUUUGUGGCCUAAUGACCACCGCUUGUUUUGUAACAGGGCCCUCUGCAAUUUGAAACUGGGAAAACCAAGAAAUGCUCUGGAAGAUUGUCAAAAAUGCCUUUAUCUAAAACCUGAUUACAGCAAAGCACUUCAACGAAAGGCUUGGGCCCUGCGAGAACUUGUUGAAGGUGGAAAUAGUGAGCUCGAAGGGCAGAAACGUGCAGCUGUGGCCGUUGCCCUUCACUUCGAUCCCACUCUCCGCCAAGACGAAACGUUUUCCCGGAUGUUUCCCGAAGUGCUAGUUCUUCGUAUCAGAGAGAUAUACAAUGACAAGGAGCUAGCGUUUGCUUUGAUGACGACUCGAAGAAACGAAACCUUGUUGUUACACGAAAGAGAGUACCAUCUUAGUGCCUUUGGAAUUGUAAAUGACCUUCAGAUUGUAGGUCUCGGGCCCCACACUUACUUAAAUUGUGCAAAGUUUUGCCAAAUUAAUAACGCCACAUGCUAUUUUGAAAAUAUUGUGUUUCCUAGAGGGAAUGUUGCUCUAAUCUGCCGUGGAAACAAUGGCGCUGUACACUUAAAUCAGUGUGAGAUUUCAGGAGGAGAGACAAGUUGUGAGGACUUUCCAGAAUGUAACGGAGGUCCAGGCUGCGUGGCGCCCUCUUCAGGGAAACCUGCCUGGGAUCAGACAGGAAGGUUUGGUCAUUCAAUGUCUGGCAUAACUGGCUUUCCCGGAGUCGACAUUUCACACGAGAGCUCUGGAUUGAUUGAAAACUGUGUAAUUCAUAGGUGUGGGGGUGGAGGUGCUCUUGUUUGUGGGAAAGGUUCUCGACUAUUGGUUAAAAACUGUGAAGUGCACAAGAACCACCAAUCUGGGUUAGAGGCGAGGGAAGGAGGAGAACUUGAAGCUCUUGGAAACAAGAUUUUCAACAAUGGUAGUCAUGGCAUUGCGAUUUGGAAGCUCGCUGGGAAAUGUGACAUUAACGACAACAAGAUUUUUGAAAAUGCAAAGGAAGGCAUCUUUGUUGGCGCUACAAAAGAGAAGGUAACCCUACGCAACAACGGUAUCCAUCACAACAGACCCUUUGGUAUUUCCCUUGAUCAUGACAAUUCUCAAGUUCUUAUUAGCAACAAUGAGAUUUUCGAGAAUGGAUUCUGGGGAAUCCUCGCCAAAGGGCGAACAUCGGCACACAUAGUAGGAAACAAACUCGCUGGUAACAAGUGUGGAGGAAUUUUUAUUGGUGUCAAUUAUUCUGGGAGGGUUAUUCUAGAGACAAAUACUGUAAGAGAUCACAGUGGUCCUUGGCUUGAGUAUCAAUUCGCAACUAUUGGUGACAGUUUACCUGACGUCAAAGUGGCUGAUGCUCUGGGUUUUAUGCUUCCGGAGGGUGAAAUGCGUUUUUAUUCAAAGCCUCCCAUUCUAAAAGAAAAUAAACAUUUUAACAAUGAGGAAGGCUUGUAUCAUCCCAGAGAGCUAGUUGAACGACUUAACAAUGGCUGCACUUAUUGUCAUCGUCAAAGAGACAAAACAGUGCAGUUUUUGAAGUGCACAGGAUGUCUCAUUGCAUCGUACUGCAGUAAGGAAUGCCGGCGCAACCACAGACCUAAGCAUGAGACAUUAUGUUUCGCUCUUAAAACUCGUUAUGCUGUGGACGUUGACCGUAUUCCUCUUACUAUGCCAGGAUUAGAAGUAAUGCCGCGGACGUUUGGCUCUCACUUAGUGGGAAUUGGAGAGGGUCCAAAACCAGAACCUAACAGGGAGUUCAUUGUCAAAAUUCAAACACAACAUCUGAACAGCCACCCACUGCAGUUGCUGACACUUUACGACCAAAGUGUCACUAUAGAUUGUCAAAUACAAAGUCCAAAAAUCUUCAACGUGAUAAAGGACUGUGGCGUUCUUGGAGCUUUAAACAAGUUUACAAGUAAGAAAUGUUUUUUCUGGGCCAUGUUUACUGAGCCAGGAGGAAAACUGACAAUUUAUCUUGAUCAUUUGGCUCCUUAUCAGAAGUGGUAA